AAGACCAGGCAAGGCAACUAUGCCUCAGCGUAUCGAAGUACCUAAUCCAUCCGAUUAACCAAACGAGUUAAUCACAGCCAUUCAUUAUCCACUACCCAAAAACAAAAAGUAAACAUAUGAUACGUACGUACAUACAUUAAUACAUUAAUAUAGUUACGACUCAUAUACAUAUAUAAAAUACAGCUCAGAAAAAAGAAUAAUUAUAUAUAUUACAUUCUUGGUUAGACUACAACCCAACUUUCUAACUCCCAUUUCUCUAUAUAGAAACCCUUUUGGUUUAAAACCAUUAUAAUCUUCUUCAUCUUGAAACCCUAGAUCUAUCUAUCUCUAUCUAUAACCAUGAUGAGUAGUUAUAAAUCUGAGCCAAACAACAAUAUUGAUCAAGACACUCAUCAUCAAUAUCAUUAUCAUCAUCAUCAUGAUCAUCAUGAGGAAGAAGAAGAAGAAGAUGAUCAUCAUGAUGAAAACAGCAGCAAUAAGCAACAAAAAAUAGGAAGGGGAAAGACUCAGAUAAAGUUCAUAGAGAACCAAACAAACAGACAAGUAACCUUUUCAAAACGAAGAAAUGGGAUUUUCAAAAAGGCUGGUGAACUCUCUGUUCUUUGUGAUGCUAAGGUCUCUCUUAUUAUUGUCCCUAACAAUAAUAAACUCCAUGAAUUCAUUACUCCUGGAGCCAAUACUAAGGAAAUGAUUGAUCUGUAUCAAAGAACCAAAGGUGUUGAUCUGUGGAAGUCACAGUACGAGGCAAUGCAACAAACCUUGCGCCAACUCAAAGCUAAAAACUUUGAACUGAGGACACAGAUCAGACAGAGAUUGGGUUAUGAUUUGAAUGAUCUGAGUUUUCAUGAGCUAAGUGAUCUUGAGAAUAGUAUGCUUUCUUCUGUGGAAGCCAUACGCCACAGAAAGAAUCACAAGAUCAAAACUCAGGCUGAAACCACCAAGAAAAGGAACAAGAGCUGGGAGGAAAGAAACUCAGUCCUCAUGCAUGAAAUUCAUGCAAGGUGUGAAGAUCCACCAUAUGGUUUAGUGGAGGAUAAUGUAGAAGGAGGAGGAGGAGGAGGGUAUGAAUCAUCAGCAGUUGCAUUAGCUAAUGGAGCUUCCAAUCUCUACGCCUUCCGCCACCACCACAACGGUGGAGGAAGCUUAAUCACCACCAGUCACUCCGCUCUUCACAGUGGCACCGGCGGUGGUGGUAGUGGCGGUGCCUAUGAAUCCUUUGAUCUCCGCGACCUUCGCCUGGCUUGAUGAAUUAAUCUGCACCCUAAUCAUAUAUUAGUACUACGUACUAAUUAUAUAUACACAAUAUGUAUUAUGUGAGGGCUUGGAGUGCAUGCAUUUAUAACUCUAUCUUAAGAAUAUUAUUAUGUUUAGUAUGUACUACUUUUGGUUUUAAUUUGCUUGACUUUGGUAAUAUAUACCUUAAGCUUCUGAUGAUGAUGAUGAUGAUUUAUAUAUUAAUUAUAUGUUAUGAUAUACUUAAUUAAAUGUCUCUGGUUUGAAUUUACUUAAUUAUGUA